AUGAACGAUGAGAAAGGCAGCAAGUACCGCUGUGCCUGGGACGGGGAUGCGUCGUCCUGGCAAGACUAUGUGAGAAAGGCAAGACUCAUGUUCGAAAGGACCCCGAGGAAGCGGCGCCACCUUCUAGGCCCGGAGCUGCUUUCGCAGCUGACUGGACGUGCUUGGGUGGCUACUCAAGAGAUUGAUCACACCCUUCCUGUUCGCCGCACAGGUGUGAUUGAUCUGCUGCAAUACCUUCAGGGGAAGCUUGGAAAGGGGGUGAUUCCCGAUGUGGGGACCCGCCUCGAGGCCUACCGCCAGUUGCAGAUGGCUUUGGGGCGAGUACUUAAGGGGCAGCGCACCGAGGACCCUGGCUCACCGAGGGCUCCUACGACAAGUUCCCCGGUGCCCCGGUUCUUCAUCGCUGGUGUGCGACAAGCCCUCGUGAUUGCGCUUGAGGCGAUCCGCGCUGCACAGGAAGGUCGUGAUGAGGCAGCGCGAGUCCGGGCAUGGAAGCUCUUCCUCCUCUUGCCGCGAUUGCUCCUUGCGCGCUCCGCUCAUUCCGGGUCCGAGGGCCGUGCAGCGCUUGUCCACCGGAUCGAGCUGUUCCGCCAGAGCCGCUUCGAGGCGUUGCACGCCCAGUCUGUCGCCGCCCGCGCGCUAGCGAGGCCCCGGCGUGGGGGCGAGGACAGCGAGGAAACCCGCGUUGGGGAGGCGUUGCGUACUUCCAAGCGCGGCUCCGCUGCGGGACUGUCUGGUGCCACCGUCGAGCUGUACAAGCUGCUCCUGGAUGAUGCUGAUGCUCUCGAAGCCUUCGCCUUCGCGGCCAAUGUCGCCGCCCGCGCGGAAGAUGAACCACAGCAUGAGUCCGUGACAGAGGCGGAGACUUUGCCUGGAGAUGGCGUCCUUUCUGAUGACGAUGACGACGAUUUGGUGGAGACCGAAGAGGCAGAUCCGACCUCGUCCUGCGCGAGAUGCUGCUACCUCUAUGACCUCGCUCGAAGACCAAGGAAGCAGGACAGUGACAGUGACUCUUCGCAGAGAGCUCUUCAGGACCUUAAACUGUGGGAGGAGUACACUGAGGUGCUGGAGGAGGCCUUGCCACCCGAAUUGCUGGGGAGAACCUUCUGGGUUGAAGAGCAGGGCCACUGGUCCCUGUUGAUGGCCUUGGAGGAAGACAUGGCCGACGUCUUGGAGUCGGACUGGGAGCAGGAUCCGACGGAGUCCCUCUCGAAGGAGGAAACUGCCGAGGUCAACGAGGCCUACUCCGUGGCGGACAAUAAGCUCAGGAGCUUUGUGCAGGCGAGACAAGCGGUUAAAGCUCAGAAGCUCUCCCGAGGCUUCUACCCGUUCGUGCCGAGCUCAAAGGGCAUUGGCGGUGGCAAGAAGGGGAUGCGAAAAGAAAAGGGAAAAGGAAAGCGCCCGCAGAAGGGAGCCAGCGGUUCAGGCUCUCCUGCCAGCGCGACCUCAAUGCCCAUCCUGAUGCGUGAAACUGCUUUCGCCAUGCGGCCUGGAGACCCUUCUUACACAGGAUGCUUUAUCUGUGGGGAUCGUGGGCAUCAAUUCCGAGAUUGUCCGAGACGAAAAGGAAAGGGCAAAGGCAGCGUCCACUUCAGCCAGGAGGACCUCUAUUGGAUGGACGCGGACAAGCACAACCACGAGCAUGACGCGCCGGAUGACAUCGCCUCAGAUUACAUGAUUCAGGAGAUUACCACGGCACCAGAUCACGACAUCUCGUCAGAUUACAUGAUUCAGGAGAUUACCACGGCACCAGAUCACGACAUCUCGUCAGAUUACAUGAGUCAGGAGAUUACCGCGGCACCAGAUCACGACAUCCCCUCAGAUUACAUGAUUCAGGAUAUUCAGGAGAUUACAGCGGCCUCAGAUCACGACAUCGUUUUGGAUUACAUGAUUCAGGAGGCGAACGUAGCUUCUCUUGGUCCAUCGGAAAUUCCUUCUGCUCAUAUCGAGGACACCGUUCUCCUUCAGGACCAGAGAGAAGAGGGUGAGAUGGUUGAUAUGUGUCUCUCGGCCCAAACCUCAGAACAGGUGGGUCAAACUAUGAGACCUUUUGCGAUCCUGACCACUUUGAUUGCGGCUCAUGGCUACUCGGGUCCAGCGUGCAAUUCGAAGCACGGAGCAGGCGGUGAAGGGCGAGCUUCCGAGAUCUCCAUCAAAAACCUGAAGCAUUGGUUGGGCAGCGGCCGAGCGCAUUGCAGAGAACCAGCUGAUGAAGAUCCGAGAGCAGAGGCAACAAUCGAAGGGAUUGGCUCCCAAGGCAGCGGCCGGGUACAAGAACGCAAAGCCACGGCCCAAGGAGAAAGAAGAGAACGAUCAACCCGACUGGUCACCUUCGAGCGCCAUCUUGAUCGAGGACGACCAGAUGAAGCACCAUCCUGGAAGGAAGGCAGCGCGGGGCAGCGAUCAGACGGCGGAGAACCUGGAGUGGGACAGUCGGACUACGUGAUGCCGGUGUUCCAGGACCAGGACCGGGUUGAGAAGCUUGCUGACGAGCUCGCUGCUCAAAAGGAUUGGUCCAUGCAAGGCAUGGAAAAGUUGGUGGCGGCCAUGCAGGUGACGAGCUCUCAAUUGUCCCGGGGGAUGCAACGAGGGAAAACCAAGGACUCGACCUCCGUGGCGCUCGGGAUGUAUUCGCGCGGAUCCUUCUCCAAAAUGACCAAAGGAACGCGCCAACUUCCUAAGGUUUGCCUGUGCAUCAAUGCCUGGUUAAGGGAGCAGCCGGAGCUUCGGGAUGCCACUUGGACCUCGGUGAACAUAUCGGUGAACUCGGAGUCCAACCCUCACCGGGACGUUCACAACUUGAACGGCACCCGGAACUACGCAGUCUCAUCCGAUCUCAUUCGGUUGAGUUCUGGACAGCGGGCUUUGGGGACCCUGCGUCCCACGUGGCACCAAGUCGUGGCUUUCGACCCAGACACGUGGCACGCCACGAUGAGAUGGACGGGCCGAAGAGUGUCCGUGGUGGCCUGCACGGCCCGGCUGAUUGUGAGGGCCCAAGCCGGACCUUGGAUCAAAGAAGCCCGUCGUGCUGUGCUGGAGUUCGGCUCGACCGUUGACUCCACUAUUGGUGAUGUCCUGGAACGUGGAGGUUUUACAUCCAUUGGUGCCUCGUUUGCUGAAGGCUGUGAUUUCAGUACCACAAAGGGAACUCAGAUGGUCUUAGAGUUAGUGGCCAAGGUACGGCCUCAGUGGACAGUGUGCCAUCUCCCUCGGGGCCCACAGGUUCCAGAAGACCAUCCUCGACUUCAUGAACUACAACGACGGUUCUAUAAGGUGCUCGGGAAUUUCCUCAAGGUGGCCCGCCGAGUGAUGGAUGACGGAGGUCAAGUGGUGUGGCUCCAACCACACAAUGGGAUGAUCCAAGAUGCUAGCAGAGAGGUGCGUGAGUUCUGGCGACAGUACCAGGACUAUCACGGAGGGCAUCCGGUCUCCAUCGGAGCCCACAGGGUUCGCUCAACUUCUGCUGCGAUGCUCCGAAGCCUCCCACAUACUAACGAUGGGAACAUCGAUGCGCGACCGAGGGUUGCGGAACUCCUGAAAGAGAUCCACUUCAUGCCGAUUGAGGACGUGAUGGUCACUCAGGCCGAGAAGGAUGUCCUCGCUCAAAUGGAGGAGAAGGGGCUGAGAGAGCUUAUGGUCCAGACGGACAAGGUCCAGACGGACCAGGCGGAGCGCCUAUGGGAAGUCCUGCAGAUUGACAUGUUCCAUCAACAGAUUGGCGACUACGUGUACCACUUCUUAAUCAUGCAGGAUGAGGUGGCAACCAUUCUGGAUGAGGCUUGGCUUCAAUACUUUGGGGCGCCGAGUGUGCUCAAGGGUGCCCUGAGAAACCUUCUGGCUGACCAUGAGCCCAUUGCUGAAGCAGAGAGGGCUAUCGGCGUGCUGAAACCGAAGAUCGAGGCUUUCCUGAGGACCUCACCGGUUGAUCCAGUUCGAGCGGCGCUGGCCAUGGUGAUGACCCACAACACGCAGGUCAGGAUCCAUGGAUACAGUCCUCUACGAUGGACCCUUGGAAGAGACUUUGGCCCUGGGAACAAAGUUGGGAAUGACCCUGGUGUUCUUCCUGCGAUGGCGGCUGCGGCGACUCCGGGAACCGAAGCCUUCAUGAACCGGGAGCUGAGACUGAAAGCCGCUCAGUCCUUCCUGGAAUACCGAGAUUUGGUCUACUACCAGAGGCUGAAGCACCCCUCAGACCUGCCCUCGAACCGUUUGGUCGAUCGACCGCGAAUGAGAACUACUCGAUGGUUCGGACCUGCACGAGUGCUCGCGACCGAGACAAAAGGGGACCCAGGCGAUCGGAAACCUGCGGCCCAGGUGUGGAUCAUUGCCUCGGGCUGUCUGAAGAAAGCUCAUGUAUCUCAGCUCAGGCAUGCCAGUGAGACGGAGAGAUUGAUAUCCGAAGCCUCCGGGACUACGGUGUUUCUGUGGACGAUGACGAGCCUCACGGCAUCCCUACACCGAGGAGCUUACGAGGACCUGACCGUGCCACCUCGCGCUCCUGAAGAUCUUCGACUACCUGACACGGAAGAACUGGGCGAGGAGCUGACUGAGGAAAUUGACUACAGACCGGAGCCAAGGGAACCGAUGAUGGUGGAUGAACGCGAUGCACGUGAGCUGGUGGAGGAUUACGAACCCUUGGAUGUGGAGCGCCUCCUUAACGACCCUGACUACCUCCCGACAGUGCUAGAAGCACAAAACAUGUCUGUGUUCACGCCCGAGAACGCGGUCUUCGCAGUCACCAUCCCGGCUCCCAAAGACACGGCUGAAUGGAAGAAAUUGGUGAAGAACCCGGAGAAGUUCGCAGAAGUUUCCUGGGCAAAAUCAUCACCCGCACAGCGCGAAGCCAUGAACGAGGCCAAAGGGAUGGAAGUCCAACAAUGGCUGAAAACCAAAGUGGCCCGGAAAGUGAAAGAGUACGUGGACCCUACUUCAUUGAUUCGAAUGCGAUGGGUGCUCACGUUCAAGAAUGCUGAUCCUGAUGAUCGGGGAAACCUUCAGAUGAAAGCCAAGGCCCGAAUUGUGGUGCUCGGCUACAGCUCCCCGAGCCUACUGAAGGAGCCGACCACUUCGCCUACGAUGUCGAGGCUCAGCCGACAGUUGAUCUUGAACAUGGUUUGUGCCAAGGGAUGGCGGAUUGCAUGUGCGGAUGUCAAAACCGCGUUUCUACAGGCGAGACCUCAAGAACGACAACAACGGCUCUUGGCACGACCGUUGCCGGAACUGGCCGAGGCGAUGGGACUGGCUCCACACACCGCUGUGGAACUCACCGGGUCAGCCUACGGGUUGGCUCAAGCUCCACGGGAGUGGUUCCAAGACAUCCGGGAGACCGUGAAGAAACUGGGAGCGAAGGCUUGCCGAACUGACCCAUGUGUUUGGAGAAUCUACGAUGACAAGGGCAAGGUUUGCGGAAUCUUCGCCAGCUACGUAGACGACUUUCUGCUGGCUGGGAACAUGGAGUCGGCCUCCUGGAAGAAGUUUCUUGAUGAAUUUAAACAGGCAUAUACCUGGUCUCCAUGGGAGUGGGAUGAGUUCGAUCACUGCGGGAUCCAUCUUACGCGGUAUGAGGACGGGUCGGUGCAGAUCGACCACGCGGCUUUCUGCAAAGAACUGGCUGAACUUCCUGCUCCUCCUACAACCUCCCGUACUAUGACAGAUGCCGAGCUUAGCCAGGCCAGGGCAGUGCUGGGAUCCGUGCAGUGGCGUGUAACCCAGUCGGGGCCACAGCAUGCAGCCAAAUUGGGCUACCUCCAGAGUCUGUUGGCGAAGAAGGAUACUGAGUGCAUCACCCAGAUCAACAAGUUGGUGAGGGAAGUGCAAGCUGCGAGGCACUUGAGCCCGCAGGUGCAGCAGCUCAACUGGCCUGGGGAGGACUUGACCUUCAUCGGCUGGUCCGAUGCGUCAUCGUUGGCAGCUGAAUGCCAGGCUUUGUCCAUCACGGAACAAGAGCUCAUGUGGAGCAGACUCUCCUGGAGAGAGCUCCUAGGAGAUGAUCUGGAGUUGGGCAAGGCGACGGAGAUCGCGAAGAGAACCCGCGCCCAUUUGAUCAUUGAUGCGAGAGGGGUCUACGACGCCUUGAUGAAGGGGGCGGACUUCUCGGAGGGGUUCAACCUUCGGGAUAAGUACUCAGCCUUGGACCUGAUGGGGCUCUCGGACCAGAUUCGGGAGCAGGAGACCGUCUUGGAGUGGUGCGACUCCGAUUGGCAGCUCGCGGAUGGACUGACGAAAGCCAGCAAGCAGGAUGCCUUAAAACGCUUCCUGGCGAAUGGAACUUGGAAGCUGAGAUUGCCUGGAGCCUUCAUGUCAGCUCAGCGGCGAAAAGCGAUGGAGAACUCGAUGAAUGACAUGAUCAUCCUAUGA